AUGUCGCAAAUCUUUGGAGAUGUGGCCGAUGUGGCCUUGGCGAUGCAGGCACUCGAAGAGUCCUUGCAGUCCGAGGAGAUCCGGAAUCUGCCCUGGCCUUCAUCCAGGGCCUCUAUCCCCACACCCAUGCGACAGGUUCUCACGGCCUUGGAAGCAGGCAUGAACGCUGUGAGCAGAGACGAAGAGUCGGUGGUGUCAAUGCUGCAGCAUUUGCGCCAGCACUUGGAACAUCCGAAUGCUUCUGACCUGCUGCUGAACCUUUUGUCCAGCACCUUCUUGCUUGUUGGUGGCAAAGUGGAAGAGUUACUGGGUGCAAAGACACCUUUGACGUUGAAACGCUGGAUCUUGCAGGCCUUGGUACGUGAGAUCGACCUUUUGUGGGCAAAUUUUGGUCAACUGCUUUUGCAGAGACUGAAGACUUUCUUGAAAGGCUUCCGCUGGCUUGACAAGGAUGAGAGUGGUGCAUUUGGGCAGAUAGAGUUUGUCCGUGCCUACAUGGAGCUUUGCAUGCAGGCCAGAGAUGCAGAGUCUGCAGAGGGCUUCAAGAAUGCCUACGAAAAUCAACGUGCUGAUGCUGGCUUUCUUUUCAAGCUGCCGCUUGGCGCUUGCACUAGCCGGAAUGCUGAGUGCAUAGGACUGCAAUGGACUGCAUAG